CCCAUCUAUUUAUUCUCUCCAUAAUUUUGUAAAGAAAGAAAGAAAGAAAGAAAAGGGAAGGAGGUAGCUAGCAUUAGGGAGUCUCUGAAUGAAAUGGAAACUAUAAUGGACACGCAGAUGCAGCAUGAUAUCAAUGGAAGCCCUGAAGAAGCUGAUCAGUCCAAUGACCUUACUCGCUUCCAGAAAUCACUGCAAGAGCUGAAGGAUUUGCGCUCUCAGCUGCAUUUCGCUGCCGAUUACUGCGAAAGAACUUUCUUGAAAGCUAACGAGAAGAAAUUGGUGAUGGAGAAUACAAAGGAGUAUAUUUGCAGGUCUGUAGUUACUGUUGUUGAUCACCUGGGAACUGUCUCCACCAAUCUUGAAUUUAGGCUCUCAAAGAAUAAUGUGGUUUCAGAGGUAGAACUUCGGAUUCAUCGUUUAAAACAGAGGCUUCUUGCUUGUGAAAAAUAUGCUCACAAGGUGGCUCUUACCAAAGUAUGCUUCAGACCAGAAUUUCCAAGGCAUCAUUCACAUUAUAUUGCACCUUCUUCACCAAAUCUUGAGAAAUCGAACGAUAAAUCGAGGACUAUGUAUAAUCAUGGUAAUGAGGACGAUUUGUCGCUUUUAUUAUACACAAAAGCACAUCAUCUACCUUCAACUACAGUUUCACCAUCAGGAUUUGACUUCUCUACAUUAUUGCCUGUUCAGAAUGUCUCUCCCAUGUCUUCAAAACCUCAUACUCCUUUUCAUUUCCAGGUCAUGAAAAAGCUUCCACACAAAGAGAGGGCUAAAAGAUCAGUCUAUGGGAAUGACUUCUUAGUUCUCCUUCGGCGAAGUAAACAAGCCAUUUAAAGCACAUUUCAGUAGUGUGUUAUCCUUUGCCUGUCUAUUUCUUUGACAACUCCAAGAGAAAUAGAUUAACUCAUAUGUGUUAUGUACAUCCUUAACAAAACGGGUAAUAGUGUUGAUUCAGUGCUUCUUUAUCAUGAAAAUGGAGUUUAUGAAGUUAACACUGGCUUUGCUGUAUGCAUAGUUCAUAGCCCAACAUAUACUUUCUUUGUAAUGUUAUUCAUUUUAGAGUUUCUAAUGGAUGGGCCUGGUAUACAACAUGGAAUUA